GGCCAGUAUUCUGUGUCUUCGCCGGGAAGUGGUGAGAGCGGCCAGGAUUACGUGUGUCGUCACCGACAGUCGACAGUGACUAGUGCAAUCAUCACACAGACAAUGCAGUCCGAAUCGUAUACGGCCCCUGAACAGCUCGUAGCGGACACCGUGAACACGUUGCUGAGGAAUGGAGCUUCUUCUAAACCGCUGUCGCCUCCGGUUGUAUCCAGCUCAGAUGGCAGCCACAAGUACCUGUGGAGUACGCUAGACCCACUUGUGGAGCUCAUCUACUGGAGGGACCCAAAGAAGUCUGGCAUUGUAUUUGGAAGUGUGCUGGGAAUUUUGCUGUCUCUGACUUACGUCUCACUCAUCAGUGUGAUUGCUUAUCUCUCACUUGCAAUUCUGACUGGAACAAUUAGUUUCCGUGUUUACAAGACUGUGCUGCAGGCAGUUCAGAAAACCACUUCAGAUGGACAUCCAUUCAAGGACAUACUGGAACUGGAUCUGACCCUGCCGCAAGAGAAAGUACGUGAGAUGACUGACUUAGCUGUUGCCCAUCUGAAUGCAGCAGCCUGUGAACUGAGGCGGCUGUUCCUGGUAGAGGACCUUGUAGACUCAAUUAAGUUUGGAGUUCUACUGUGGUGCCUGACAUAUGUUGGGGCGUGGUUUAAUGGCAUGACUCUAAUCAUCAUAGCUUUUGUAGCCUUGUUCACCUUGCCAAAGGUUUAUGAAACAAACAAAGUGCAGAUUGAUCAGAACAUUGAUUUAGUGAGGAGCAAAAUAGCAGAGAUCUCAUCAAAGAUUAAAGCAACCAUCCGUGUUGGUGGGAAGAAACCAGAAGAAAAGAAAGAAUAAAUACUUACUUUUUCAGAGGAAAUUAUUUAAAAGUGAACUGCAAAAACAGCAAUGAAAUUGGAACAAAACAACCACUUUCUUCUGUGCAGUCAUCAUAUAUAUUCCAUGUGUAUGAAUGUCAUCAUCACACAGUAAUAAACCUUGACCAACUAAA